ACCUUGGCUGCAGGUCUAGUGCCCGGGGCUGGUGGGGGCGGGAGGGGCCGUGUUUCCCUUUGCCCCGAGCCAAGGGCGCCGCUGCACCGGGCGACUCUGCUCUCUGCAGAUUUCCAGACCGUGCUCCCGCGCUCAGCACCCCUUGCUCAUCCACUGCGGGACACAAAGUUUUACCCAGAGGCUGAGUUUGUAGGGGGUCAUCGGGAGUCUUCGUGUCUGCACUCAGAGCGGCUCUAAAGAGGAUUGGGGAGGGUCUGAGAGGGCAGGACUGGCCUGCCGCCUUGCCUUUGUUGGAAAGGGGAGGAGCCCCAAGCUUUCAGCCUAGACUGGCUAUCAGGACGUCCCCUUAACAUUUCUGUUUGCAGACCGAAUCAGGGGCCUAGGUGGUGGUACGGCCGCCUGGCCCCUCCUCCCACCGUGGCAUUAAUUCCCUCCCUUCACUGGUAAAAUUCCCAGUAGGACAUUUGGCAAAAGGGCCGUGCAAGGAGCUGCCAACCGGGCCUGGCCCUGUUUCCUGGGUUCCCAGGGUGCUGGCUUCUCCCCUACCCUGACUUCCUCUCUCACCUUAGGGCCCCAAGUGAACGCACCAUUCCUCCCGUCUCUUCUUCCUCAGGCGGGUUGGGACUUGCAGAGCGAUCUAACAAGCAGAGGAGGAAAAUAACAACAGAAUAACUGUAAGGGGAAGGAAUGAGUAAUAAAGCCGACCCAGGCAGGGAGGAGGGCUUUCAUGUUUAAGAGACGCUAUUUGCUUUUUAGGUCACAGGCUGCAAAACAGGCUUUGAUCCGAAGUGGGCGAAUAAUUUAUUGAGAAAGUUUGCAUGGUAGGGGGGAAAAAAGGGAUGUUUGUUUGAUCUGGAGUCCUCUCCGUUGUCCCAAGUGCUGUUGGUUGUUGUUUGGAGUGGAAAAGCAUUUGGUUCUACAGCAAAUCCCUCGCAGAGGGAAGUCCUCGCCCCAGGCAGCAGGACUUGUAGUGAGUGUUGGUUUUGAAAUUGUUUGGCCAAAGGUCUCCCCAGCACUUUUGGAGAUGAAGUGUUUAAGGACAAAGUUGUUUGGACUUGGGAUGCAGCAAAUGUUUCCAGAACAUUUCCCAUCCAGCAUGCUUUUCCUUUGCCUAAAUUGCACGGCUCAAUGGCCAGUAACACUAAUCCAAGAGAGCUUCCACUUGGCUUUCAUUGGCGGGUGAGGUGGGACUGCUGGUCUCAGUCCCCAAGGUGCAACCCAGAGUCUUGAGGGUAGGCCUUUGACACUGACUACUAUCACAUCCUUGAGCCCCUUGGCGGGGGGGGUGCGGGCUGUUCUGGUUAACUGGACUUCCGAGUAACGGGGAGGUAGUUUUUCUUAUACCCAAGACUGGGUUCAGUGACUUCCAGUCCACAUUCUUCACAACCCAUCCAGCAGGCUCUUCACAGACCUCACAGUUAGUUCUGCCUUUAGGUGCUUUAGGGGAAGGCCAGGAUUGGCCUGCUUUGUCCUCCAUCCACAUAGGACCCUGACUGUGUGGCUCGAGGUUUAGGAACCCAGGGAGGUUCUCAGAUAACCCAUAGGAAUCUGGAGUACCCUAGCCACACUCUGGGGUUGUAGGCCUGUGCGUGGUAGCCAGCGUGCGGGGUGGGGUGCACCACCUGGAGUCACAUAGCCUGGGUUUGAGUGCUAUAGCUAUAUGCAGUUACCAGCUGUGACAGUUGCUUUGUGCCUCACUUUUCUUCAUCUGCAAGUGGGGUUAAUAACAGUCCCUACCCCAUGAUUGGUGUAUGGAUUGAGCAGUAUAUUGCAUAAAGAAGAUUAAACCCAAAGCCAGGCAUGUGGUAAGCACUUGAUUAGUAUUGGCCAUUUUUACUAUUACUGAUGAUCUACAGAGGGCCCAAAUGCAGCUUUGACCUUUGAUCUCUCCCCUUUAGGCUAGGCCAGAGAGCCAGCUCCCUUCUCUGAAGAAGGGAUCGGAAGAACCCUGCAGUUGCCAAUGGGCAGCCAUCUGUGGGAGCGAGCGGACUGAGCUUUGCCCUCUCUGAGGUGGAGGGUAGGGUGAGAAGGUGCCGAAGGACAAAGUAGACAAAACCCCUUUCAUUCUUCCAGGACCCCCUAGGUCACUCUGGCUGCUCUGUGGAUUCUAGAUUGGGGAGGAGCAAUAGCGGGAGCUGGGAGAUGAGUGUGAAGUCCAGAUGGAAGAGAAGAGGCGAAAAUACUCCAUCAGCAGCGACAACUCUGACACCACUGACAGUCACGCUACAACUGCAUCACGAUGCUCCAAACUGCCCAGCAGCACCAAGUCGGGCUGGCCCCGGCAGAACGAAAAGAAGCCCUCAGAGGUCUUCCGGACAGACUUGAUCACAGCCAUGAAGAUCCCAGACUCCUGCCAGCUCAGCCCGGAUGACUACUACAUCCUGGCGGACCCGUGGCGACAGGAAUGGGAGAAGGGCGUGCAGGUGCCCGCAGGGGCAGAGGCCAUUCCAGAGCCCGUGGUGAGGAUCCUCCCACCGCUGGAAGGCCCCCCUACCCAGGUGUCCCCUAGCAGCUCUGAACUUGGUGAGGGCUCCCAGCCUGAUUGGCCUGGGGGCAGCCGCUAUGACCUGGACGAGAUUGAUGCCUACUGGCUGGAGCUCAUCAACUCGGAGCUCAAGGAGAUGGAGAGGCCCGAGCUAGACGAGCUGACACUGGAGCGUGUGCUGGAGGAGCUAGAGACCCUGUGCCACCAGAAUAUGGUGCGGGCCAUCGAGACUCAGGAGGGCUUGGGCAUCGAGUAUGAUGAGGACGUCGUCUGUGAUGUGUGUCGCUCUCCCGAGGGUGAAGAUGGCAAUGAGAUGGUCUUCUGUGACAAAUGCAACGUCUGCGUGCACCAGGCAUGCUACGGGAUCCUCAAGGUGCCCACGGGCAGCUGGCUGUGCCGGACGUGUGCCCUGGGUGUCCAGCCAAAGUGCCUGCUCUGCCCCAAACGAGGAGGAGCCUUGAAGCCCACCAGAAGCGGGACCAAGUGGGUGCACGUCAGCUGCGCUCUGUGGAUUCCUGAGGUCAGCAUUGGGUGUCCAGAGAAGAUGGAGCCCAUCACCAAGAUCUCGCAUAUCCCAGCCAGCCGCUGGGCUCUGUCCUGCAACCUCUGCAAGGAGUGCACAGGCACCUGCAUCCAGUGUUCCAUGCCUUCCUGCGUCACAGCGUUCCACGUCACGUGCGCCUUUGACCAUGGCCUGGAAAUGCGGACUAUCUUAGCAGACAACGACGAGGUCAAGUUCAAGUCGUUCUGCCAGGAGCACAGUGACGGGGGCCCUCGGGGGGAGCCCACUUCCGACCCCGCGGAGCCGACCCCUGCCGGCGAGGACCUGGAGAAGGUGACCGUGCGCAAGCAGCGGCUGCAGCAGCUGGAGGAGGACUUCUACGAGCUGGUGGAGCCGGCCGAGGUGGCUGAGCGGCUGGAGCUGGCCGAGGCGCUGGUUGACUUCAUCUACCAGUACUGGAAGCUGAAGAGGAAAGCCAAUGCCAACCAGCCACUGCUGACCCCCAAGACCGACGAGGUGGACAACCUGGCCCAGCAGGAGCAGGAUGUCCUGUACCGCCGCCUCAAGCUCUUCACACACUUGCGGCAGGACUUGGAGAGGGUUAGAAAUCUGUGCUACAUGGUGACAAGGCGCGAGAGAACGAAGCACGCCAUCUGCAAACUGCAGGAGCAGAUAUUCCACCUGCAGAUGAAACUGAUUGAACAGGACCUGUGUCGAGAGGGGUCUGGGAGGAGAGCAAAGGGCAAGAAGAGCGACUCAACAAGGAAAGGCCGCGAGGGCCCGAAGGGCAGCCCCGAGAAGAAGGAGAAAGUGAAGGCGGGGACCGACUCAGUCCUGGGGCAGCUGGGCCUGUCCACCUCCUUCCCCAUCGAUGGCACCUUCUUCAACAGCUGGCUGGCUCAGUCAGUGCAGAUCACAGCAGAGAACAUGGCCAUGAGCGAGUGGUCACUGAACAACGGGCACCGCGAAGACCCCGCUCCGGGGCUGCUGUCAGAGGAGCUGUUGCAAGACGAGGAGACGCUGCUGAGCUUCAUGCGGGACCCCUCGCUGCGACCCGGGGACCCUGCCAGGAAGGCCCGGGGCCGCACCCGCCUGCCUGCCAAGAAGAAGCCACCACAGGAUGGGCCUGGCUCACGGACGACUCCAGACAGAUCCCCCAAGAAGCCCUGGGGCCAGGAUGCAGGCAGCGGCAAGGGGGGGCAGGGGCCAGUGGCCCGGAAACCAACGCGGCGAACGCCUUCCCACCUGCCGUCUAGCCCUGCAGCUGGGGACUGUCCCAUCCCGGCAGCCCCCGAGAGCCCCCCUCCUCUGGCCCCCGAGGUCCCGGACGAGGCAGCCCCAAUGGCUGCCGACUCGAAUGUCCAAGUGCCUGGCCCUACAGCGAGCCCCAAGCCCUUGGGCCGGCUCCGGCUGCCCCGUGAAAACAAGGGAACCCGGAGAUCGCCAGGUGCCAGGCCUGAUGCUGGGACAGGACCGCCCUCUGCUGUGGCCGAGAGGCCCAAGGUCAGCCUACACUUUGACACUGAGACCGAUGGUUACUUCUCUGAUGGGGAGAUGAGCGACUCAGAUGUGGAAGCUGAGGACAGUGGGGUGCAGCGGGCUCCCCGGGAAGCAGGGGCUGAGGAGGUGGUCCGCAUGGGGGUGCUGGCCUCCUAAGUCACCCCCUACCCCGUCCCAGGCCCUGCCCUGGUCCUCCCCGUGAGGCCUCAGCCCAGUCACAACUGCCAUUUUCAAUCUCUGCUGAGUGUCUCAGACCCUUGAGACUGCCACUCUGUUGUGGUUUUAUUUUUAAUAUAGAGAGAGUUUUGAAUUCCACACUGUUGUCUUUUCUCUGUGCUGGCCUAGGACAGUAGGAUUCCUUCCACGGCUCUGGCCGCAGGGACCGUCGCAGGUCCUGUGCACCAUCCCUGCCUGGGCAGUGCCCUGCCCUGGCCCGCGCAGCGUCGCUGAACUCCUGGCUAGAUGUAGGCAAGGUGAAGAAGAGCUCAGGACUCCAGCCCGCUGCCACUGGGUGACACAGACCGUCGUAUGGGCAUUAUUUCAUGGCAGAUGGGCCAGCCCGGGGCCUGCCCCGCCUUGCCCCCAAAUCCCACUGGGGUCCAUUUGGGGGGUCCUGCUGCACUCCACUGAUCCCCAAGGAAGUAUGAUAAGUGAUACCCAGCCAGAGUCUACUCACUGUCACAAGCACAACGAGCUUAUACAAGAAAGCACUGAGGGGGCGCAGAGGGCCCGCUGGUUCCAGAGGAACCACAGCUGUUCCUGAUCAACCCACAUCAUCUGAGGCCCGCCCACCCCGUGACCCCCCACUCCCUUGCUGCUCCGCCCCUGCCAGUGCCCAGCCCGGCGGCUCUGAGAAAGGGUUCCUAGAAUCCUUCCUGAGCUGUGCCAUUUACUCAGGGGACUCCCAAACAGCCAGCCGCCAGUGCCGGUGGGAGCUGCAAGGGAGGGCCAGUGCCCAGACAGGGGCGUGGGGCUCAGACUCACCCACUUAGAGAAUUGCUCUGGGGCUCCAACUUCCUUCCUUCCUUCGGGGCCAGUCUCGACCGAAGUCUGGUCACUCCCAGACAGCUGACCUGACCAGACCAGACCGUUUGCCUUUCCAAGUUUUCCAGUCCUGCUAAGAGACGAGCUUCUUCCUCGGUUUCCUUUUGGAAACUCCUCCUUCCAACAAGCAGUGGGAUCCCGGGGCCUGGGGCAGGUUUCAAGUCUUGCUGGAUGUUCCUGGUUCCUCUGUCCCCGUGAGCCGUUACCCCCUCUCCUGGCUAUGCCCUCCCUCCCCACCACCGACCCACCUGCCGCCUUUUCCGUCCCACCCUCUCGGUCCCACGUAGUUGCUCUGAAGAGUUUCAGUGGAGUGGCCCCAGGGUGAUAGCUCAGGGAACAAACACAAAAGGAAUUCAGUGAAAACAUGGUUUUUUUUCUUUCAUGAAUUACUCCUGGGUCACUUCCGCCACUGGUGAAGCCAGAACUUCUCCAACAAGAACCUUGCAAAAGUCCAAUGAAUCAGUCGAAUCAUUCUAUGGAUGCCAAAGAAUAUUUUGACCAUAAUACAGCACAGCCUGGACCUGACAACUUGUCACUUGGACUUUUUUUUUUUUUUUAAUGGAGUUCUUUAGCAACAAAGCGUAGAGACAUGUUCAUUGCACACACCCAAGGAGGCGAGCCCAAGCUCUUGGAAGAGGGUGGUCUGCUGCUGAACUGUUAGAAUCGGGAAGCGGGAACCAGCGCUGGAUUUCAGAUCCUGGGCUGGGCCCACUGUGAGCUUUCCCAAACUCUGAGACUCAACCGGGGGUGGGGGGGGUAGAAUACCGACCGCAAAACCAGCAUGGCAAAAGUCUUUACCAUGUGGUUCCCCCCAACCUAAAUACACAACGCAGAUCAGCGGGAUGGGGAGCAACGUGACCACCCACCCCCCGACUGCAGAACUUUCAAGGUACGACAGUGGCAUUGUCAUCGACACUCAGUUUCGUGUGAAUUUUAGCAAAACAGGAAGCAAAGACAGGACUCCGUUCAGAAGAUUGGGCAAAUCGGUCUGGGUGGAGUGGACUCAGGGUGGGCUUCCAGGAUUCCGGGCAUUGGGAUGGCACAAGGCACCGUGAAGAGUUCAGUCCGCCUGCCUCCUUGGGAGUCACGGCCAGCACAGCGUCCGCACCAGCGGCCCAACCCCCGUUCUCUGUUUACUGCCUUUGAACAGUCCUCCUUCCUUCCCCGUGCUUUGGGUCACAAUCUUGUCUGUGCUGGAUUGCCCAGUCUGACCUCGCAGGAAGCCAGGGGACGAGCUUAAAAGAGCAACCGACUCUGCUGGGGGUGGGGGUGGGGUGCCGGGAAUGGCUCAGGCCCAAUAGACUCAGCCGUUGCCCCCUCACCCCUUCGUGCGUCCCGAGGCAGAGUCUGGGCUCCCCGGGGGCAGGAGAGAAUGCAGCCUGGCUGGCCAGGGUCUGGUCCGGGUCGGCCAGGCUGGGCUGCCAGCUCUCUUCAGGGAGCCUCUGCCCAAGUUGGCCUCUGGAUUCUUUUCUGGUUGGCUCUUGGCUUUGGAGUGGACUCUCCCUGGGGCUGCGUCCUGCAUAGGGCCCAGGGAUCUGUUCAGCCAGCUGGUGAGGGAUGUGGGGGGGGGCCUUCACUCCCAGGCCAGCCCUAGGGCUGUUCUUGCCGGGCAGCUGUCCACCUCUGGGACGCCCCGCAAGGCUACACAGAGGUCAGGGAUGCUGGUCCCCACCACUGUCAUUUCCUCCAUUAGCCACAGCCCCUUCCCUCUCUGGUCUACUGCCCGCCGUGUAGACAGCUUUGCCACCCCUGGCGUUGAGGUUGGAAACAGGGAAGAAGGCAGGAGGCCUUUUGCAGGCCCGAGGCUGAGGCAGAGCUCCUGCUUGACCACAUCUUGCCCCCACUCACUGGCCCUCUUCUGGGAGGGAGAAGCUGCUCUGUUACUCAUUCUGUCAUUCCCCAUUCUCCCAGUCCUGGCUGCACAGCUCCUCCCUCCCCCUCAUCACAGCAAGAAAAGGAUACGGUGCAUGGAAAGUAUUUUUAUGGAUCAUAAAUGUAUUUUAACGUGAGUAAGGAGAAGAAAGGUAGAAGGCUUUAUUUUAUUAAAUGAGCUCUCUGACUUUGUGACAGUGUGUGAGCGUUUGUAAUGUCAGGGUCUCGAUUUCCUUCGAGAAGCCACCGAGGUUCCAGACGUGGGUGUCGGACUGUAGGUGUGUGCGCCUGGGCCAGGGUGCAUCCCCUGUGUCCUUGCGCAUGCAUGCCUGUGUGUUGUGUAUGGGCACAUUGUGGGCCUGGCUGGGGCAAUUUCUAGGGAAUCAACUGCCCACUACUAACAGACCUUGGCGGCAGCUGGACUGGGCAUGUCCUUGCUCACUGCCAGAUGUGGCCAGCCUCUGCCCGUUCCCGGAGCUCUGCAGAAUGGUCUGGAUGCCUGUAGCAAGGCCCUGGGGGAGGCCACUCCCCACGCCCCUGGCCCAGCUGGCCACAUUGGCCAAGGAGCCAGGGCUGGAGUCCGUUCUUUAAGGCACUUCCUGCCACCUUGUCCCUCAGACGCACCAACACUCUGUGCUCCACAAACGACUUGGGGUGGGGGGAUGAUAUGAAUGUCACAGGAGGCGACACCUUCUGUCCUUGUUUCAAAGAAAGUGAUGUGCCAUUUGUUAAUAUACAAGAGAAAUACUGAAAAUAUAUUGAAAAGAGCAAUUUUAAAUUAUUUUUGGCUUAUGUUGCAAUAUUUAUUUUCUUGUAUUAGAAAAGAUUCCUUUGUAGAGAAAAAAAUGUAUUUUUCAUUAACGCAAAGACCUAUUUCUCCUUUUUGUACAUUGUCCACGUUCGCUCCCCUUAACGAGCAAUAGAAUGUACGGCCGCCUUGCUGCGGCCGGAGCCCGCGCGCCCUGCAUGAUUCUGUGUUGCCGCUGCCGCGUAGCUCCCACCUCCCAUCCUGUCCUGCUCACUCAUGGGGGUUUCCGGACCCCGGCCCCCACCAGGGCCUGUGUCUCAAGGAGCCCUUUGCACUCCUCGUGUGUUGGCAAACGCAGUGAAUAAAGCAAUGUUUUCCGUGCCG